UUGGUGUCAGGUGUUUCUCUUACUCUCCAGCGAGUUAGCCGUUUUCUUUAGCUUCACUCUCUUUCUUAAAAGAAAACAUCGAUGCCAUUACUUUUCUUUCCUCCUUUUCUCUCCUUAAUCCCCCCCUACACAUAUAGCACGCUCAUUUCUUUCUCUUUCGCUCUGUACUUAUUAAGAGAGAGGGGAAAAAAAUAAGCCCAACAGCCCUGAUCAUCAUUACAGACAACGCAGACACAGUCUAGAUUAUUGCCGAAAAGGGAAUUUUUAGUUCAAAAUUGUCCUGAAACAAAGUGUAGAUAGCACUAAAUAAAAAGAAAAGAAAAGGAGAGAGAGACGGUAAAGGGUUUUGAUAUCUUGGAUUGGAAGAAUAAGAAUGGGAUCAUCUUCAGGGCAAAGCAGUGGAUCAUAUGAUCUAUCAUUCAAGAUCUUGUUGAUCGGUGAUUCUGGGGUUGGCAAAAGCAGUCUUCUUGUCAGUUUCAUUUCCAGUUCCAUUGAGGAUAUUGCACCAACCAUUGGUGUGGAUUUUAAGAUCAAGCAGCUAACAGUAGGAGGAAAGCGAUUGAAGCUGACAAUUUGGGAUACAGCUGGACAGGAGAGAUUCAGAACACUGACUAGUUCUUACUACAGAAAUGCCCAAGGGAUCAUUCUUGUUUAUGAUGUGACAAGGAGAGAAACCUUCACGAACUUAUCAGAUGUGUGGACUAAAGAAGUUGACCUUUACUCCACAAAUCAGGAUUGUGUCAAGAUGCUUGUAGGAAAUAAAGUUGAUAAAGAUUCUGAAAGGGACGUAACUAGAGACGAGGGGAUGUCUCUUGCUAAAGAGCAUGGAUGUACGUUUCUUGAAUGUAGUGCUAAAACUAGACAAAAUGUGGAGCAAUGCUUUGAAGAGCUGGCAUUGAAGAUAAUGGAGGUCCCUAGUCUUAUGGAAGAAGGAUCUACGGCAGUGAAGAGAAACAUUUUAAAGCAGAAACCAGAUCAGCAUCCACCUUCGAGUGGUGGUGGCUGUUGCUCUUAAAGGCUGCAGCAGAAGGCCUCUCUAUAUGAGAAGCAUGACUUACAUAUCAAUAAAAGUCACAAGUAGCACUGCUGAUGGCGCAUGUACAAUGAAUUUCCACCUUAACAAAUCAUGGACAUAUCGUGUAUAUGAUAAUUGCUUUCCUUGUUUCUUUGUGUUUGUACUGUUCCUGUUGUCAAUGAGUUGCCUUGAUCACUAUUGUACCAUCUCAUUCUGGGAAUUCAGGCACUGAAAUAACAUAUAUUAGCUUGUGUAAA